AAUCUUUUGAAAAUGGCGGCCACGGACAUCAUUUCUGAUGCCGAUUUGCGUAGCCAACUGAACGCAUUAGGUGAAGACGUCGGGCCUAUUACUAACACCACAAGACCGUUCCUUAUUCGAAAACUGAAACGCUUGCGGAAUGAGCAAGGAGUGGGUAAAUCAAGGGAAGGAAAAUCUUCUGCAAAGCGCGGUACUUCGCCUGGCCGCCGCAAGUCGUUACCCGUAAAAAGAAGCAAGAGCCCGUCUCGAAAACUGAUCGGAUUUUCAAGCGAUGAAGAAGACGCAGGGCCCAGCCUUUCAAGUACUUCAAGAGAUUUGAGUAGUUUAAGAGGUAGACGUAAAGAAACAGCGACCAGUAAUGACGAAACAGCGGAAAGAUCAGGAAUUAGCGCAACGCCGUCUCCUACUCGUACUAGUGGCUUACGGCAUCGAGUGCCAAGUUUUAUCGACAGCCUUCCUGAAAGGACUUUAGAUAAUACAGGUGACAAUGACGCGGAGUUUUCAGAUCAGGACGGAAAGGUGUCUUUCAAAGGAACAAGUCGAACUGGUGGUAUAACUAGAUAUUUCGAGAGAAAGCGAGAGAGAGUAGAAAGUGAAAAAUCAGAAACUCUGCACGCAGUCCGUCCUUCUUUGUAUGGCCGCGAUGACAGCGCUGCUAUUAAUACGGAAUUAAACAGCACUCUUGGAAAGAGACAAAAUGGAGCCAAAAAUGUGAAAACUAGCUCCUUGUGGUCCUUAACAAUCAAGAUCUUGGUAUUGAUUAGCGUUAUUUGCGUUACUAUCUUCAUGUUGUAUGCCGCACUCAAGAGCCACUUGAGCGAGGAAGAGCUCCUUGAACAGUUAGGUAAGAAAUAUAACAUGUCUUUUUGCUGAAUGUCUCAAUUUUUACCAGUAUUUAUAUAUGUGCAUGCCAUCUAAGAUGCCAAGAUUACGUUAUUUUCUAAUGAUCAAGUUAAUUUAAUUAGUUUGUGGAUACAAUGCACUUUAGUAAUCAGUUAGCAUGAUUUCAGCCACUUUUGUUGAUCAUUAAUUUUAUACCCUUUUGAUAAUGUUUAAAGCAGGAAGUCUUUUAUCUCACUCUGUUUUCUUAGUGAAACUACCAGUUUGCAAAGGAGGAGAUAAUAAACUACAGAAGUUGGAUAGUGAUAAUAAGGUAUCUAUUUUCGUGAUGUACUCAACAAGUAUGUUGCAUAGCUGCAAAUAUCAUAUUUAAAAAUAUCUGACUGAAAUACCGCAUACCCAAUGUCAGAUGAAAUCGAACCCGCAGUUGGAUGUAGUGAUCCAAUAGAUCAAAAAAUAAUCAAAACUACCAUUUUGCAGCUGAAGAUUUGCAUAGUAUUGAAAGAAAACAAAAGUCAAGAUACAUGUACAAGCUGUAAAUACCGACCUGAUAACUUCUGGUUUGUCCGACAGAAAGUGGUGACUUGGUCAGACAAAUGUCCCUUUGAAAAAAAAUAUUUGCAGGCCUGAUGUUGUGAUUGAUUAAUGAUAAUACGGUAAUUAUCAUAAUUGAUCAAUAAUGGCAAUGCAAUUGUGACUUUAUUUCUUCAGGUACUAUAACUUCUUGUACCAUAUAUUUAAACCUUUUUGGCUACCCACUGGCCAGUUUAUUGACAAAGGAAGAGAAUUGAAUUACUAUCAAUUAUAAUACCUAAAUUACUACAGUAAAACCCAGAUAAUUUGGACACCAAGGGGACUUGCCACAGCGUCCAUAUUAUUGGGGUGCCCUUAUUAAGCGGUCUCUUAGGAAAACAUCAAGGACACAUUUUAUCAAUGUAAAGAUACACAAGCGCAGUAACUGAAGUUAAAAGCUGAAGAAGUGAAACUUGUGUAAUACACCACUUGCACAUCUCCCAUAAUACACCUUAUUUCCCCCCCAAAAUUUGUAUAAGCAUUGUUUGCCAAUAUAACCAAAAUAAUAUCAGGUUUCUAUUUUUAUGUGCAUUUACAAGGUUGGGCCCAGUUGGCUUGCGAAUCAGGAGUGUCAUUAAGGACCGGGGGCUGGGGAUUUUCCCCGACAACUAUGAACAUUGUCCUCGGCUACUUCUAUAGGAAAAUAGAAGAAAAAUAGAAGCAAAAGAAUUCCCUAGCUGUUUGACUCCCCACCUACUUGUUGUAAUUACUCGGCAACUUGAAAUCUUACUGACAGCACUCUGAUUGAUUUCUUUCAAGGAAAUCAUGGCUAUUUUGCAAAGAAUAUAAACCUGCAAGUUCAGAUAGCUUCUUAAGUCUGUGUGUUCCUUUAAAGCACCGCUCAUUGGAAGUCCAUUUUGAUUGGAAUUUUGGUAGCCAACAAAACUAUAAUUAAAUUUAUUUCUGGUACUGUCUAUGACAUAUAGUUAGAAAUUAUCAUCUGCAGUUAAAUGAGAUACAUGUUUACCAUAUCAAAAUGGUCAUCCAGCUUAAAAGUAAGCCGUUAAGAGUGUUCUCCUUCAAAUAAUAUCACAUCUUUUCUCAGACUUUGAACUUUUGUGAAUUCCAGGUGUAUCUACAGUGUACCUACUGAUGGUUCAAUGUAAAAAUGUCAUGGAAUUCUGCAUUUUGUUACUUACAUUUAGACAUAAAGAAACAAGUGGGUUUUUUUGUAAAAAAAGCUGUAGAGUGACAAAAGAUGAUAUUGCAAUUAUGUAUUAUUAUUUUUUAAUCCCCACUUAGACAUUUUACCAAUACAGUGAUGAAUAUUGUCACUGGAUUAAUAUUGUAUCUUAUGGCAACAUUUUUGUGUUGAUUCUUGUGACAUGCUUUCACUAGCUUUGCUUGGAAGAGCCAACAUUUGCACAUGUAAUAUGUUACAAUCCUGAUUUGCUUAUCACCUUACAUUUGCAAUGUACAAUACAAGCACUUUUUGUUUUCAAUUUUUCCUUACUGCACCCAAAAAUGUUAGUUAUGAAUUUUUGAACACCAUCAAGCAAAAUAUAGGUAACAAUGACUCCAAAGACUUGCUUAUUAAAAACUUUUUGAGGUAGUAACUUUUGGUGGUUUGAAUAAUGGUUUUAUGGCUUGUCUCAAACUGUAGUAGAAAGCCUUUGUGUUAGUUGAAACCGUUUCAAUUUCCAUAUAGCCUGCAUUUUAUCUAGCCACACAUCAUCUAGACCACUGGUAUAAUCCAUUUGCGAAUACAUGUAGGUGCAAAAAAAGCUUGUUUUGACAAUUCAGUAGAGUUGCAAAUUAUUAUGUAAGCAUUUUGAUAGGUGGGUUUCUUGUGCACCUCACAAUUGGUCCACUUCCCCAUGUGCAUGACAGUGUAUCAGAGCUUUUACAGCAGUGAAAAAGUAGUUUGAACCUGAAAGCGUUCCUUCUGAACAGUAAAAUGUUCUGAGAAAAUUCCUGGAGCUCGAUUUUGGUUUGAGUUAGUGCAAGGUUUGAGUUAGCAGUGGUUCGAGUUAUUGGGAGUCAACAUUACGUUACAAUAAUUCAAUAAUUUUUUGUUUCUUUUCUUUCUCUCAGUCUCUUGCCUGUAUACCGUCACUUAACAUCAGCAAGCUGUAUGCAGAAUCUUUGUACAAAGAUCUGACCACAAAAGCAGGUAACAUCAAGAAUAUCUUGUUAUUCAAGAGUGCAGCGCUUUUAAAGUGUUUGAGAAUAACAGAUAGACUGCAAAACAGACACUUUUUCCGUUUAAGUUAAACUGUUGAGCUAUCUAGAUUGAUCCUUGCAUGCCAUUUUCACAUUUGCUCCACACCUUUGGCGUGAAUACUGUUGUGCUCUUUUGAUCAUUGCUAAAAUGUACCGUCUGUUUUGCAGUAGGUAGAUACAGAAAAAAAAUAGUCAGUAAGCAUCAAAGACUUUUAUUAGUUACAGGAAUUGUGUAGAAAAUAGAUUUAAAAAUGCAAAAUUGCCUACAUGUUAUAGCAUAACAGAGAUGAAUGACGCUGUGAUCAUGUUUCAUCAUGCCAGUAGGUGCAUAACACCUGAGAAUGAUGCCGUACUAAACACUUAAAGAAUAAUAUUGACUUCAAGAUGUGCGGCAGCACUAAAAAACAGAAUCACGGAAAAGUGCUGCCUCAAGCUGGGUGGUGUUCUAUUAACAUACAUGUACGUUUACAAACAACAUCUAAUAAUAAGGGUUAUUUGUAUCUUUUUUCUUAUAAUUCAGGUUUUUUUGAAUGUCAAGAUCCGAGAGUAAAAACAAGAAAUAUUUCCUUAGACGAGUUUAAGAAACAAAUUUGGAAAGAUGACGUAAGUGAAUAAUAUUUAUCAUUGUUUCAUUUCUAUUUAUGGUUUUUGUCUUAAUUUUGGUGUAUGAAUCUUCAAACAAAAUCCUUACUUAUGCAAUGUUUAUGUGGGACAAAAUUAUAAUUUUUUACCUAACAGUUAAGGAUUUUAACAAACAAAGUUACAAGAACCUGUAUAACUGCAUUUUUCAUGAAUUAUCUAUAACAUACGUCAAGUCAUUUGUUGCUUCAUUAGUUUUCAGUACAUUCUGACGAUUGGCUAAUUCCUUGCCAUACCUGUUAUAAUCCCUCCCUCUUGAUAACACCUCAUUUAUUUCAAGGAGGCUGUUGUCACCAUUUUAAUAACAAUGACAUUGCUGACUGGAGUUUGGGUGUAUGGGAACUCCAGGGGCUUCCAGUGGAGGCUGGCCAGCCGGCCCCUAGACCAAGUGCCACUCUUUGAAUGUGGACAUUAAUUUUCUGAAUGGAAAAUCUGGAAACAAUGUGACAACUACCAUCUAAACAAUAUUAGUUUACCAACCAAAGAGUUGUAUAAUGCAUACCAGCCAAGAAAGGCCAUGACCAAAACUGUUUUUUUUGGUCUAGUUAAUACAUAGGUUGAGUGUCUUAUCCCUUUAAUUUUGUAAUUUUCUUAACAUUGUAGAGAGAGCGAGACUCAAUAUUAAAUAAUACUCUGAAACUUAUUCUUGAAGAGCCUGACUGGAAAUUAAGGUAAUGAGAAAGUGCACAAAAUAAUAUUGCCAUCACUGGACUAGCUUUCAUAAGUACAUUAAAAGUGACUUAACCAGAAUUUACAAGUCUUAUAACUUCAUGUUUGGUUGUCUGACUGCUGAUUUAUGUCAGUUCUAUUACCAACUUACUUAGAAACUUCAAUUUUCUUUUAUGCUAGGUUGAAACUAUUUAUGUAAAAAUAUUAUUGAUUUUGGUAAACAUAUUAAUAACUCUUCAUAGCAAUUUAUUUUUUCUUGACCACUUUUAUCAUAAGCACUAUCUUUUCAGCAAGAAGUAAGUAAAGGAAUGCUUAGAAUUAUUAUAUUCAGUUCUGAUCUCUCCCUCAGUAGCUUUUUGGGGAGUUAUGACACCAAUACACCAUCCUUCUCCUAAAAAAAUUGUAGUGCAGGUAUAUAUGUCCCAGCCCAAAUUCAUGAAUAAUGAUUGUAGGACUUGAAGACAAUCCCAAAGGAAAUUUGAUAAUCAACAUAGGUCAAUAAAUUUUAAGCUGAAUAUAAUUUUGACUUACAACAUAAUUCAUACACUGUAGAACUUAAAGCACUUCAGUUAAAUAAUUCUGGAUUCAGAUCAUGUCCAUCAAUGUUCGUGAUCUUUUCCUGGGUGCCAUCAUCUAUAGUUUCUUGGCAUGCGAGCUGACUGUUGCCAAAAUUAUGGGAUACAACCCUGAAAAUAAAAGGGAGCAUCAAACAAAUUAUUAGUGGGUGUGCUAAUUUGUAGGGUUUAAACUCUUUACCAGUGCAAUUUACUGGUGCAAUUUUAUGGUGGUUUGAAUACCUGAGAAAAUAAUUAUGUGUAUCAGAGAUAGGUUGCUGGACCGCACACCUUGUGGUCAUGAGCAAUUAUUUUUUCCAUGCAAUCCCUUAUAAUUUUGCAGACAUCCUAACACCUUCUCAGCCUUUAGUGCCAAUGACCUGGGAAUUGGCUUUGUAGCUAAUACUCCCUGACAUGCUAUUUGGUAUUCAUUUGAAAGUUUAACUUGUUUCUCAUAUUUUUGUGUUAAACAACUGCAAAAGUUUUAUUUGAUAUUUAUUUUUGCAGAUAUUAUUGAAAAUGAAUUUUGAGUAUCAGCUUCUAACUAAGUUUUCUCUUUUCUAGGUUGUUCGAUGAAAACAACACUCAAACAACGUCCAUAGAAAAUGUAAGCUCCAUAAGAUGGAUUGAUAGUUCUGUUGCAGCCAAACCUCUCAUGUGCCGCAUCAAAGAAGCAAUGUCUCGCUUGGCUUACCUUUCUUUUGUAAUUGGAUUUGGUAAGUUCUGGUAUUUGGUUCAAUAACUUAUUUGCUUAUCAGGAACUGUUUGCAUAAUAUUAACGUGUGAGUCAGGAGUUUUACAGUGCGACAACUGAAACCAGGGCCACUUAGACAACGUUGACCAAUCCGAUUACAGGAAAAUAACAAAACAAUCCAAGAAGGUUAGUUGUGGGCCAAUCAAUAGCUCGUUAAAAAACAAUAAGUUGCUCAAAUUACAAAAUUUAAAUAUGAUAACAAACAUUUUUCAAGAAAGCAAAAUGUUUUACCAGAGAAUGUUUUUCUAUUCUAAACUUAACAGAUAACACCCAGGAGACAUAUUUGUUUGAAACAAGCUGUUAUUUUGUCAUCUACCAGCAAUUUCUUUGACGCUAUUGCUUCACUUUGCAAUAAAAAAGUGACAUGAAGUCCAAAAUAUAACUAACAUUCACAUUUUUUGCCUCUAUCAACACUCCAUCGGAUUUCUCAGGAGGCAUAGGCUUUGUUCAACGGGUCUGAAAGGUCACGUUUUGAAGUAGUUAUUGGUUAAUUUCAAUCCAUGUUUUUAAUUUCAUUCCGUGGUAAUUACAAAGGACUACUAACUUUCUCAGAUCAUAUUGUUAUUUUCCUGUCAUCCAAUUGGUCAACUUUAUCGACAGUGGCCUCCACUAUAGUACUGUAAUAAACACCUCCAACUGAUGAAACACACCAGCUACUUUGCUCAGAGAAGUCAACUACUUUUUGCCGCUAAAUUGAAGGUGGGAAUGACGUAUCAAAUGAAAAUUGUUAAAUUGUAAAACAAAUGGCAAAAUUUUGUUCAGUCAGCCCUAAGAAUCCUCCAAAGUAUAAACUACAUGUACCCACAAGAGGGGAAAAAAGAACAAACAACAUUUUAAUGAGGUAAAAGUUGAACUCACCUACCAAUCCUUUUCUCACUACAAAACAAUGCAACAAAUGUUUCUACUAGCCAUGUAAAAUUCUCAGUGUGAAAAUGACUGCUGCCCAGUUAGGUCAAACGGAUAAGCACCAGGCUGUCGAGCAAAAGGUUAUGGGUUCAAACCCCAGCCAGACCAACUCUCAGGUUCUUAAACUAACUGAGGAGAAUGUGCUGCCUUUGUUGUGACAUCUACAAAUGGUUAGACAUUCUAGUCUUCUGGGAUAAGGAUGAAAUACAGUAGGCCCUGUCUCACAGCUCUUUCACUGUUCUGAUUCUUGUGGGAUGUAAUAACUUUUUUUGCUAUUGAGUCAAUUUGCCAGAAGACUACAGAAAUUUUAGAAUAAUUAGAAAUGUCAGCCCGUGGGAUGUCAGUCACUACAAGACAAAAUGCACCAUGUUGCUUCAAAUAAUUGGUGCUCUGUAAUUUUAUAGAUAUCAGAAAGAUUUUUCCAACACUUUAAAAACAAUGCAAAUAUUGCUACAGUUGUAUCUGCUUUGUAAGAUGGGAGAACUGAUGUGAGAUGUGAGAUUUUUGGUUUGCUAAGAGUUCAUAAAAGACCAAAAAUGCCUUCAGAAUGGGUACCCCACUUUUCCCAGGGUAACAUUUUCCAGUGGGUGUGUUUCAGUAAAUGUGUUUAACACAAAUUAAUGUAUGCAAUGAAAGUGGCUGUAGUCUGGUUGUUUCAAAAAGUAACAAGUGAUUCAUUCACAUGUACAGCUGUCAUGUUCCUUUAGCAUAAAGUUGUUGUUUCUCUUAAGGUAUUGGAGGUCUAAUGGUUGCAUACUUCAUUGUUCGUCAAAGAUGGAGGAGAGAGGAGGAAGAGACUAGAAAGAUGUAUCAGUUUGUGGAAAAUAUUAUUGGUAUGCAUUAAUAGAAUAUUAAUUUAACAUUCUAUUGCUCUGUUGGUAGUUCUCUAGGCAAAGAUAUGCAGCCUAAAGUAGGAUCAUUGUUUCAUUGUGAUACAGAGAUGUACUCACUCAGUUCAAGGGCUAAAAACAUGUUUGCAGUGAACAGUAUUCUUAAAGCAAGUAGAAUAGACUAUUUUUCAGAAUGAAAAUAAUUUAUGUUAAUAGCGGAUCAAAAUAUUGACCAUAAAAAUAUUUUGUUUUUCACUUAAAUAAAUAGAUGUCUUAAGAGAACAUCAUGAAGCAAGCAAAACAGAUAAGAAUUUGUUGCCCUAUCUUCCAAUUCCUCAUGUCAGAGAUAUGCUGAUUGCUCCAUCUGAUAGGUUUGUAAAAUGGUUUGUUGUCUUCUUCUGUGUCUCCCAGUACAUAGGAUUUUCUCAUGCACUGUCUUAUGUGGAGUGUGGAGUCAUGUUUGUUGAUUAAUAAAUAAUUAUUUGAAAAAGUUGCAAAGGACUUGUACUAUUGCAAAGUAAGAUAGUCAAGUGAUGAUUAAUACUAUUAAUUUUUUUAUGUUUCUGUAUCUAGUACGUGUGCAUUAGAGGUAUUAUUAAAUUACAGUGGAAUUAACAUUUUGAUACAAACACCUGCUCAGCUAUUUAGCUUUCAUUAACUUUUGAAACCGAUUUCUACUCAUUGUUUCUUUUCACAAUUUUUAUUUGCAUCUGAUCUGUAUGGGCUUUACAUUAGUGAGCCAUUUAUGCUCUUGAAUUUUGCACAUACUAUUAACUGCAUGAGUUUGUAUAAGGGCUAUUAUCACUCAAUUUGUUGUGUCAAAAUAAAAAACCAUAUCUUAAAAGGGAAUGUGUUCCCUUUAAAUGGAAAGUGUACUGUACAUGAAAUUGUUGUUAUCAGGAAUAAUAAUUAUUGGUAAACAGGGUCUGGAGGAUUGAUUCAUUAACAUGAAGUAGUCACCAAACAUUUUGUGAACUUAUUGAAAAGAUUAACUUUACAAGAAAUAUGCAACUUUUUGUGCAUUGUUUGCCUUGGACCUUCAUGAACAAAGCAGCCCUCUGGCCUACAUACCUGUAAACAUUCUCCUUUAUAGGUAAGGAGUGAUUCUAACUUCAUUUUUGUCUUAACAGACAAAGAUUGUCCAAAGCAUGGAACAGAGCAGUUCGGUUCUUGAGUGCAAAUGAAUCUCGCAUUCGUGUUGAAAGCCAGAGAAUAGCUGGAGAGGAUUUUGAAGUUUGGAGGUGGAUACACAUUGCCACACCCAAACCUCGAAACCCUAAAUUGUCACUUGCAGUAAGUUAAUGCUGUCAGUUUAAUAACCAUAUUAAUUUUAUGUGAUGUAUCUUAAUUAUUGGCUGAUAUGAAUUGUAUUUUAAUCGCCAUGGAUUUUAUGCUUGGGCGUACAUCUCAAGGGGAUCACGGCAAAUGAAGGCUUGUGAUAUGUUCACAAAUAACUUGGAUUCUAUGUAAGUGGGGCCUCAUGGUGGGCAUAUCCAUGAGAAAUUUCCUUGCUUGUUUGGAUGUACAUAUGUGUGAUCUAUCUAGAGAUGUAAACUUUGAGUCUUGUGUGUGGCAUGUAUGUCACCAUUAAAUUCGUAGCUCUGUUUUUUUACAAACUUAACCACUCCAGUAGGAAAUACCCUCCUUCAAAUGGACAAUACAACACACACCAUGUGUCUGCAUUACAGACUGAGAUGUGCCAGGGAUUGUGUGAAGUUAGGUGUCUUUGUAACCAAGAGAACUAUUUGCAGUUAUGAAUAUAUGAAAAUCACAUAUGAGAACAGAGGGGUGGAGAAUAAUAUGAAAGAGGAUCAUCACAGUUAUAGACGCAACUUUUGCAGUGUGAAAAGAAAGUCUGAAAAAAAAUUCAGGCUUGUACGGGAUUCGAACCCUUGACCUCUGCAAUACCAGUGCUGGGCUUUUCCAGUUGAGCUAACAAGCCAACUGGGAGCAGGUCAUUGAAUUUUUCAGGCGUUCUUUUCACAACUGCAAAAGUUGCAUCUAUAACUUUGAUGAUCCUCUUUCAUAAAAUUAUAAGAACUAUUUACUUUAAAAGGUGUCAAUAUGAUGAAAGUUUCCUUAAGGAUAAGUUCAGCUGUAUCCUAUAAACUUUCUUUGCUCAUGCUGAAGAGUUCUGAUUGCGUCUUGUCUUUUUGCAGGGCAACAAACAUGGAAAAUACUGGCAGGGACAAGGUAAGCAGAGCACCUUUAUGUUCCGUAUUGCUGAGAUUGCUUUAGUCUUCCUGUAAAACACAGUCACUGUAUUGGUGUCAUAGGAUAUUCACAUUGUGCUGCUUUGUGGAUACUGUGAUACUCCUGUAUAUCUCUUUAUUUUGUAAACGGGUACCUUAUGCCAAAAAAAAACCCACUGGUAUGUUGCAAGCUGUUAUUUCUCUUUGGAACUUAACUUGGUUGAUGGUCAUCUCGCCACCAAGAAGUCGACUCGCCACCAAGAAGCUACAUUAAUCAACACAUUUACUCACCUAGGAUUACUUACCUAGAAUGUUUACCUCGUUGCCAAGCUUAUUUGAAUUUGAUUACAGAGUUAUUGCUUGGUGGCGAGUUGGUUGGCAGCGAGUCAACUUCUUUGUGGCGAGAUGACCGGUUACCCUUAACAUUAGCCAAGAUAUUACUCGCAAAUGACUGAAUCACAGCUUCAUGUCAAACAAAUAUGUCUCCCAAGCAUUAUGUCAAAUUUACAAACAACAAACAUGAACUUUGAGAAGCUAACAAGUUUUCAAAAACCGCAAUUACUUCCUUUCAUAGUUGCUGUGUUAUUUGUACCUUCAUUGAAUGUUUUGAGCGGUUAUUUUAAUGUUUCACUCAAUUUGGUGGCAGCUCCCCCUGUUUGAAUUCUGAUAGAUUUCGUGAUACAGCUCCUUUAAGGAAAGAGAAAGAGCAUCGACUGAAAUUUAUUUGUCUUUUCCAGCAUUUGAGAACUUCCAGUCAGCUGUUAAUCCUCCUGUAAUCAGUCCAACACCAUGUUUGAAGAUAAGGAACAUGUUUGAUCCAGAUGUGUAAGUUGAAAAUAUGUGUCCUGUCUAUGCCCUUUGCUUUUUUUGGGUAUUUCAAGGCUGUCAUUAUGGGCGCGAGGCUGGGGAUUUCCCCUGGGUACUUUGAGCGUUAUCCCCUGGUUUCAUAGGAAACAAAAGAAAGAUUGAACCAAUAAGAACCUCCUGGCUGUUCAAUUCUACGUCAAUGAUUGUGCAUAUACCCGGCAACUCUCUUGGUGAGAGCCCUGGGAUUGAGUCAAGAACCUUUACUUCUUGCAGCUUGAUGCUACCCCUUUUGCAUCAUGUAGGAGAUUUUAAACUAGAAAGAAAUGUUAAACUGGAUUUCCUCCUGUUUCAAUAUUCGUGUUGUUGGUAACCUAAAAUUAUGAUGUAUUGACAGUUCAUCAGCAUACCUUUUUCACAACAAGACUUAGAAGGCGGUUUGCCGAUGGAUUUUUUGUUUGUGGUUCGUAACUGAGUAAGAGCCAAAGCCGCGGGAAAAACAAUUUUUACAAACAUGAAGUAGAGGUUGGUUUUCUCUUGUGGUUUUUGUUUUGGGAUUUGAAAUGAAAGAACGAACAAACCCUAAUAAAAAUAAAAAAAAAAGAAAGGGGAGGGGGGGGGGUGGGGGGGGGGGGGGGGGGGAGGCAGAGAUAAUAUUGACAUUUUUUUUCAUUAUGAACUUUGAAAUACACUGUCCACAUUCCCUGUUUUUUUUUUCCGUAUCGUCAAGAUCAAGCGCUCACCGUCACUGGCAGCCAUUUUGUAAUUGGGUUCAAAUGUACCGAGGGGGCGGGCCUCGGGGUUUAUAGGGGUGCAGGACUGGGUCAAGUUAGCUGCCGCCAGUAGCGCUAAAUCUCGCCGAUCGUACGGAAAAAAUGGGGGGUGUGAACAGUCUAAGUUUGAAAACAAUUUAUUUUAAGUAUCGUUUCUUUUCAAAUGCUCUUUGCAGUGAGACGGACGAUAACUGGCAUGUGAUGAUUCAGGAUGCCAUAUUGGAAAAGUGUAUUGAGAAUGGAGCAGAUGUGGUUCACAUAGCAGUAGACAAGAGUUCUAGUGAGGUAUCAUUCAAAUUUGUGCUGUUUUUAUAACAUUUCCUGUAGCCUUAAAUAAAUAGCGAGACAUUAAAAGUAAACGAGGUUUCAAAUUCCAGGAUGGAAAACUUACGUAACGUUACGGUGGCCAUGUUGGUGUUCCAGUAGCCUGCGUAGGGCACGUGGUCUCGCGCCCUAAUUCCCUUCCCCUUCCCUCUCGAACGCCUGCCACGCAGGCUAGUGUUCCAGUGAGUGAAAACGAGUGAAAACGCUCUAUGCUUUUGUAUUUAUAACAAAACUCUCAUAGUCAAUGUACUUGUUUGAUACUUUACAGGGAUGUGUGUAUGUCAAGUGUGACACUCAUCAUUCAGCAGGGCUCGCCUUUAGAAGUUUACAUGGAUGUUGGUUUGAUGGUAAGUGUACUAUUGUAGUGUGUUGUUAAAACAGACUUACGGUGAACAAAUCGUAAGUGGAACAUCACUUUUUAUACGUGGAAUAUUCAGCCAACCAACUUUUUCACCUUGUUUUUGUUAUAGUGGAUGAACGUGGCCAUUGUGAGGUGGAGAAAUGUAUUCGCUUCGCUUUUUUUCGUUCGAAAAUUCUUUGACCCAUAAAGAAUUGUCAAGUUUUGGGUACUGGAAUUUUCAUGUCUAUACCGUGGAAAACUCCUUGAAUUUUAUUUGCUCUUAGUUGUACGAACUCUGGUCAAGUGAACCAUGAUGUAUGGCAACAUUUUUGCUGCAGCACGGUUGCACCACGAUGUAGAAUCAAUUUAUACUUCUUGCAAGGGCUAAUGCAACGUAAACGUUUCAAGUCACCUUUGUUCCAGGUCGCUCGUGCAGUGAUAUCUAAGAGUUACUCCGCUCAAAACGAAUUUGUGUUUCCUUUUCAAAGUCUUUGCCAUCACCUCCAUUUUACAAGUAGAGUCAGCGAAUUUUUGUCCUGCUUCGCUUAGCGGUGGACAACUACACUUUUAAAUAUUGGUAAGGUUUGUCAAAAUUUCGCAAGGAGGAGAAAUGUUGUUAGCCUAGUACCACGAAACAACCUAACGGCAAAUUCAGCAUCAGUUAUAGAUUCGACUAACCGCUUAACAUGCCCUUUGACUUCAUAUUAUUGUGACUGAAGACAUGGUAUUUUAACGCGUUAUUAACAUAAUUUUAAAUUUCAUUGUAGGUCGUCUUGUUGCUGUCAAGUAUUUAACUUUAAAGCGAUACCAUCAGCGGUUUCCUGUAGCCUUGGAAGCUACUGAACGCUUAAGCCCGUCCGGAUCUUCACCUUCCUCUCUUGUUACGUUCGACCCGGAUGAGGCUGCAGUGGACGAUAUUAAUGAUUCCGAUGUUGACUUUUAGCUUCUUAGCGGCCUAUAUUGCUGAGCUGAGUCUUCACCAAGCUGGUGUCUUGUCGGUGAAGUAUGGUCGUAUUCUUGAAAAGUCUAUGAGUGUGAUGUACGGUCCAGUAAAGUAGGAGCCUCAGUGAAUGUUUGAAUUUAUAUGGAUUUGUGAGUGGAGAAAUACGGACAUAAGACUUGUUUCAUUUUUGUUUGGGCUCGUGAUAGUGGUGCUGAAGUUUCAAGCAAGAACCGACAGGAUAGAGCAGGUGUAAUGGCCGUCAUACAAAAAAAAAAGCUCUCAAGCUACGGCAACGGCCACUGUACUCCAGGCUAAAUACACAAACAGCGUGUAGGUUUAUAGAACAAAACCCAGUAUGGUCAACGGGAUCUAUUCUACUCGUCUGUACUUAAUUACGUCCUGUUUUCACUCGGUGUGCAUUUUUUAAAAAGCUCUCACUACUAAUAUCUCUCCCAUCCACCAUCUUUCAAAUUUAUUUUUAAAGUUAGAUCGUCGUAUAGCGGUUAAACCACUCCCUAGUGCAAACAUUUGUAAACCAAUUUGUGGUGCAAACUUGGUAAAUAGCAUUACCUUCUCUGAUAUCAGAUUCAUAUAACCCUCGUGCUGAUAUCAAAUGAUGUCAGAUGUAGAUCGGGGCUUUAUUCCCUUGGAAUUUCAGUGUAGCUUUUGAUAUUCAUUUACUUAUUACACGGCUCAGCAGUUGUGCCAUUUUAAAUGUUGAAACCCGGCCGUUUAGAAUCUUGAACUCGAAUAGAGAUUGGCGUUAUUCCGUUCAGUUGAUCAACGCGAACUGUAGCAUUUGAAAUGUUGAACUGUGUGAUACUGGCGUUAGGUUUCUGCUUUCAUUUCUUAGAGGGUACUUUGUAUUUUACAGGCUAGGGUAACUAACGCUGAGGAAAAACGCAAUAAUGAUGUGGCAUAUUAUUCAUUACUUCGUCUAAUUCAUUAAUUCAACGUUCUCCAAACAUUUAUCGAGUCAUAAAAAAAAUGUCAAGAGAAAGCUGUGUCAAACGGUCCAGCAUACGCUUCACAAAAAUGAUUUACACUUAAAUGAAUUCUUUCUUUAAAAAGAGGUGAGCUUUACGGGAGUAGUACAUGCAAGAAGUUCGAACGGCAUCAAGAUUUCAAGUCACAGAACGCAAGUAAUGUUAAGACAAAUUAAGUUGUUCCCAACAUAUCAAUUUUGUAAUACUUUCAUUUACACAAUUUUUCUUACAGUUUCUCGGAUGCAACGUUUAGGCCCUGUGCACACGUUUCCGGAUAUUUUUAUGAAUCCGCAACUGUUUCUUUCCGGAUUCGGCCUCUGUCCACACGUAUCUGGUGAAUCCGGCGUACAAAGCCGCAACUGGCUUAGAAUCCGCUCUCCAGAGUGGAANCAUUUACACAAUUUUUCUUACAGUUUCUCGGAUGCAACGUUUAGGCCCUGUGCACACGUUUCCGGAUAUUUUUAUGAAUCCGCAACUGUUUCUUUCCGGAUUCGGCCUCUGUCCACACGUAUCUGGUGAAUCCGGCGUACAAAGCCGCAACUGGCUUAGAAUCCGCUCUCCAGAGUGGAAAUUUUUGAAUGCGCUAUGAAUCGUCCGGACGCUAAAUCUGGAUAUCUUUUUAUCCGAUGACGUAACAAGAUCGAGCCCAGUGAAUACUGUAUUCAAGAUGGCAACCUCGAUGCAUGCUCUGUUGGCAAUAUUCCCAGAGGAAUCCUAAGUACUAGAGUGAAUCCGGAUACGUGUCGGAAACGUGAGGUGUGGACGGGCAAAUUCGAUCUGAAUACGGAUGGAUACGUGUGGACGUAGAAAUUUUUGAAUCCGAAAAGAAAACUUUGCGGAUUCAAAAAAUAUCCGGAUACGUGUGGAUAAAGUCUUGGCAAAGUUGAACGAGUU